AAAUCCUACAUUCUUCUCCCAAACCCUCAAUCAGAGCUUGCUUCUCUUUCUCCCAAAUCCACUCCCCCUUCUUCCAACCCUCAAUCAGAGCUUGUUUAUCCUGUGUGAAAGAUUCUUCCCCUAAACCCCAUUAUAUGUGCGAAAAUGGGAUCCGAAGCUAUGGUUCCAGAAUGGGCAUCGGAGCCUUGCAUAAUGGGAAUCGACGAAGCCGGAAGAGGUCCCGUUCUUGGUCCUAUGGUCUAUGGCUGUUUAUACUGUCCUCUCUCCUACAAGAAAACCCUAGCUACUUUGAGUUUCGCCGAUUCUAAGACUCUGAAGGAAGAGAAGAGGGAGGAAUUAUUUGAAGCUUUGAAAGGCAACGAUUCUAUUGGAUGGGCUGUUGAUGUCAUUGAUCCAAAGGAACUCUCUGCUAAAAUGCUCAAGAAGAAUAAGAUAAACUUGAAUGAGAUAUCACAUGACUCUGCUAUGGGCCUCGUUGAUAGGGUCCUCAAAAUCGGAGUGCUUCUAACCGAGGUUUAUAUUGAUACGGUCGGAGAUCCAGGGAAAUAUGAGGCAAAAAUGUCUAAAAAUUUCCCAUCUAUCAAAUUUGUGGUUGCUAAGAAAGCUGAUAGUCUUUAUCCUGUUGUCAGUGGUGCAAGUAUAGCUGCAAAGGUUACGAGGGACCGAGCUGUAAGAGAUUGGGUGCUCGAUGAGACUGCUGAUAAUAUACACAGGAACUUUGGUUCUGGAUAUCCUGCAGAUCCCGCAACCAAGUCUUGGCUAGAAAAUCACAAACAUUCUAUCUUCGGUUUUCCAACAUUGGUUCGGUUUAGUUGGGGAACUUGCAGCACUUAUUUUAAAAGUGGUGCUGAAGUUUUAUGGUCUUAAACCCUAACUAUUAAAGACUUUGUUUGUUCAAAAUUUCUCAAACCUCAAAGAAUUUUUGAACCUUUCAUUACUAGUAAGUUAUUUUUUUCCAUUCGGUAAUGUUAUUCCUAACAAAAAAUGGUUAUUUCUACUCUAGUUUCUUAUUUAAUAAAUUUUUCUUCUUCUAUUUUAAAUUUUGCUCUACCUUGCUAAUUGGUACUACUUUCCCUAUUCUUUCCAUGAUAUUUUCGUU